UAUGUCAUUGUUUGUCAACCGAAAAAAGUGAGGAAGAAGAAGACGACGACGAAAAAGGCGCUGUCACGUGACCAGCAUACACAUACACAGUCUCAUCCACAUGUACAGUGAACGAUAUUCAAUUUCUACUUUGCUCAGGGAUAAGGACAGGCGUGUCUGGAGGACUUCGGGGGGGAUUUAAUAGAAACACAAUGCGACGUCUGGGCACCGUUCAGCAGAAGAUACCGUGUGUUUUUCUGACGGAGGUGAAAGAAGAACAAUCGAGAAAACGAGACGGCCAGAAAUUCCAGGUUGUUGCUACUGGAAGUGUGAACCCUGCUGCUCUGGAGGCUGAUGUUGACCGUGCACUGGCUACAGAAAAACUAGACGGCACCUGCUGUUAUGUCACUGUUUAUAAAGGGCAGCCUUACCUGUGGGCUCGUCUGGACAGGAAGCCCAACAAACAGGCAGAGAAGAGGUUCAAGAAGCACCAGUAUUCUCACAGGAGCUGUAACGGUUUCAUAUGGAACGUAGAGGAAGACUUUAAGAUGGUGCCAGAGACGUGGAUCGCCGCUCACAGAGUCCAACAUCACGACGGCCACCCGGUGCCUGAUGAGCACGGACACAUUCCAGGUUGGGUUCCCGUGGAGAAGGACAACAAGCAGUACUGCUGGCACUGCUCCGUGGUGGAUUACGAGGUCGGGGCGGCCCUCGUUCUAGGGCCCGACGCUGAUGAUGAAGACCUGCUUGAAAUCACAGCGGUUCCAUUGGCCGACCUCAUGGAACAAACUCUGGAGCUCAUUGGAACCAACAUCAACGGGAACCCUUAUGGACUGGGGAGUAAGAAGCAGCCGAUCCACUGCCUGGUGUCACAUGGGAGUGUGAGGAUCAGAGACCCUCCACCGGUCGACUUCCAGCAGCUGUGCUCCUGGUUCCAGGAGAGUCCGGAGGGCCGAGUCGAGGGCAUCGUCUGGCACUGCAGCGACGGCACGCUCGUUAAGGUCCACCGUCACCACCUGGGAGUGAUGUGGCCAGAGAAAGAAACCUGCUUUGGUGACAGGUCGGUUGUCAUUCGCGUCGACAGUGCAGCCGAGUUCUACAGCAGCAAGGACUUGUUCAGAUCCUUCUCCAGACUGAACGGACGCCGCCUCAGCCGGCUGCAGGACAUCCAGUUUGACCCGUAAACACAGCUACCAGGUGAAAGUUUGCAUUUCCUCAGGCUUCUGCUGUGACCCUCCUGCUAGUGGCUGGAUAGUUCCACCGGUAAUUCCACAAAGUGAUCUGAAGGUCACUGUAAAAAGCACCCCCCUCCCCUAUAGACACGGAGCCAUUUUAGGCCACACUGAGGGGAAAACAGUCUGGCUCCAUUGACUUUGGGUUGAGUGAAGGUGCCGUUUUGACAGUAAUGCUAAAAGCUGAGGCGUGACAGGAGGCCCUACCAACCAGGUAAAGAACCCAAAAGUGAGGGAUUAGCAGGAAGAAUGGGGAAUUUCUAGGAUCGUGACACUCUGUGCCUCUGAGCAGCAAGAAUUUUGUCAAAUAUCCACAUGCCAUUUUAGGUUGCGUUGUUUCUGUACAUUAAGCUAAAGCAUUUAGACAAAGUUUGUUAGAAAUCAGAAAGCUAUGCACUAACAUGUUUGAAAGUGCUUUAGCUAACUACAGUAGCUUGCUAACGUUCUACCAGCUGCACCCUGACUUCCCUCCAGCUGUAGUCACCUGCAAACAGACAUAUAGCGAGUGUCAGGAUCUGCAUUUCUGUUGUUCCUGCUACUGCCACACAUCUUAUCUGCUCUUCUUAAAGCUGUGGUGUUUUUUUUUGCUUGGUUGAUUCCUGGUUCUCUGCAUACUGUCCUAUCAGCUUUUAGGCUUUUUUUUUUUUUUUUUGUAAAAAGACCAAAAUGUUAGGCGCUUUCACUCAAUACAAAGUCAGUGGAAAGUGAGUUGUGGUCUUCCCCAGUGGGCGUGGUUUUCAGUGUGAUGCAUUGUGCUCUGUGCAGAACUACAGCUUUCCUGUUACAAAAUUAGCUGAAGGUCUUCAUCAGGAAGUAACCAAACAGGAGCAGUGGAUUCUAUUAAAGCCUGUGGACAGCUACUAUGGAAGUAAAUCCCCACCAAAACAUCCUCACAGAUUUCUGCACUGAGUUUUGAGUGAAUGUCUGUCGGUGCCAAAAGUUUAGAAUGUGCACACACAAAACACAUUCUUACAAAUUGCUCUGGUGUGUGCACUUUCAAAACCUUUGGAGAAUCUCACUCAAACCCCAGUGGAGAAAUCUGUGAGCAUCAAUGGCUGAGAUGCAAACUGAGUAGUGUUUGAAAUGUGGUCUGUUGGGGAUGUACUUCCAUACUUUAAGAUGUAUCAACACUAAAGCAGAAAGACGAGAUCUUGUGCAUCAGAGUCUGUAGGGGUGGCGGGCGUACUAUUUACCAGUGGCUCCGUGCUAAACAUGGCCAUCUUGGGUA